AUGGCGUCGAGUUAUUUGUGGAAGCCUUGGCGGCCAGGAGACCCUCUACGAGAGGCAUAUCUCCUCCCCGCGGAAGAAAAGUCAUCUUCAGGAGCCACAGAUCUUCUCUACAAACACAUCGAAGCGUACAAGGCGGGAUUGAAAGAACGGAAGAAGUUUCGAGCUUCGAUCGUGGAGGCGAUCGUAGGCCAGGAGAGGCGUCAAGCCAAGGAAGGAUGUCGACCCGAAGAUCCUUCCGAGAAGAGGCGGCGGUAUUGGGCCUACAUCCAGAGAAGCAUCUCAGAUUCACAGGUGGCUCCAAUUGGGCAAACAUGGAUUGAACACAUCCUUCGCUUCGUGUCUCCGCGCCUUCAACGUGGCAAAGACUCCAUGAAGAAACUCCUCAAGGAGCUCCAAGACGAAUACAUAGUGAGCAUGAAGAAAGCGAUGGUGGAUUACACCCUAGGAGGGCAAAGCCUUUGGGAGGAAGAUCAGGCCACAGACGAGGAGAUUUUGAUCAAAGGUUUACUUGCACGUGAAAAGGAAGCCCUGGGGAUCGUACCCAAGCCGUGGUACCAGUCCUUCCAUAGGGUUUCGAAGUGGGCUCAGUAUAGCCUUCACCGAACCAAUCCGUGUAUCCGGGAAGUACUCAACACUUGGUUCCGGGAAUACGAGGACGUCCUGCUGAUUAGAGUGGGAGAACUCGGAGACGAGUCGGGGGGAAGAACACUGGAAGAAUUCAUGGAAGUAGGGAAGAGGCACAUCGAGGAAGCAGGCGUGCAUCUCAACGACGUCUGGAUCGUGGACGUUCAGCGAGCAUGCCGGAAGGCGAGGGACAAGCGACAGCUGCCCAAAAAGCAGCUCGGGAUGCAGUCCUUCUUCGAGUGCCUGGCCAUCACCAUGACUUCUCUGCUGGAGAAGCUGCUUAAGGACUCUCUUCGAGCGCUCGCAUCUUAUCUGUCGUGCUACUCACGUCCGAACUCGACGAGAAGGCGACAUGGAGGAUUCGUGAUGAGUUUCGCCCUCGUCGAAGGUCAGGUGGAAUGUAUGCCGAGUUUUGAGCAACUGGAAUCCGAGCUUCUUUCGCUCUUCGACAAGAUGGUGGAGGUGGUUCGACGUGUCCCUCGACUCGGAGCUUCUGCACUCAGCAAUCCCGUCUCUCCGCUCGAUCCCUGCCUCAAGCCGACCGUUUUGGAUUCUGAGGUGGAGGAUUGCAAGAAUGCAGUGAGAGAAGAGAUUCGGCGCCAGAUGCAAGGUCCCAUUCAGCAUCUCCUUCUGUACGAUCCCUUCAAGUAUCUCUAUUCCGGGAAAGUUCGUCAUUCGGCUCUUCACUCAGUCUUGAGUGAUUCGGACUCCAGAUGCUUGCGAUUAAUCAUGCGCGAUGACUUGCAGGAGGCAAAGGAGGUGGAGGAGUUCAUCUCGAGAGAGGAGUUCGAUUUCGAGGAAUACGUAAGACGAGUGAGAAAGUACGAAGAGCUCUCGGAAGGCAUCAGCAGAGGCUUCCCGAGCAGCGUCAAUUUGGGGUUCUUCCACGUUCGAUGCCGGGAAUUGAUCCUCGUCCUCGAGGAUAUCGCUCGGGAGCUAAAGGAGCGGGUCUUGGCUCACCUCACGCAUCAGCAUCAUUCUCUCAUGGAAAAGCUAUGCGAGGAGUACGGAGAGGUCGCACAGCGGGCCUUGAGCACCCCGCCGAACACAGAGGACCUGAUGGAGCUGAAGAAUUACAUGAAGCAUGCCGAGAGUUUCAUUCUCCCCCGCUUGGAGUCCCAGUUGAGGGCUUCCGUAGAAAGAAUGUAUUUCCUCAAUGAACAUACUGUCUUCACCACGUCGGACAUCCGGCUCAACAAUCAGACCAUUCAGUGGACGUUUCGCAUUCCGGCAGUGUUCCAGGAACACGAGGCCAUCGUGGAACAGAAACGGCACGAAUACGAACAGGCACUCAAGCAUCGUCGAGACCGAUUCGUGGAGGAACUGGAGUCCUACGAUGCCCAAGUCGAGGAACUAAAGACCUAUGGAGAGAUCGGGGAACUUCCUCUGUACUUGAAGAAGGCGAGGAAUCUGUCAGAGAAACUGAAAUCUGCCGGGGAUCGGGUUGGAAGCUUUAACAAGGAGGAAAAAGCAUUCGGUUGGGAUACCACGCAGUAUCCUCUGAGGGAACAGAUCGUGGAGAAGUUGGAUCCAUUCCUUCGCCUGUACGAAGCGUCGAUGGAAUUCCUCGGGAAGCAAAGGGGCUGGUUGGACACCCCGGCCGGCUCCCACGAUCCCCCGGGGAUCGAGGACGAAGUGAACAACACCAGGAAGACGCUUCACAAACUCGAGAAGCACUUCACCAACAUCCGUGCCACGACGCAGCUCCUUCAAUCUAUGAAAGGUAAAAUCGAGGAGUUCCGUGAGCAUUUACCGUUGAUUCACACACUCUGCAAUCCCGGUCUUCGAGAUCGCCACUGGGAACGAGUGAGUGAAAUAGUGGGCUACACCCUGGAACCUGGUCACGAUUUGACCCUGGCAAAGCUGAUCGACCUGAGCCUAGAUGAAUACAUAGGGAAGUUCAAGGCAAUCAGUGACUCAGCCACGAAGGAACAUGCUCUGGAAAAGGCCAUGGCCGACAUGAUUGCCGGCUGGGCUGACAUGCAAUUCACUCUUAAGCCAUACAGGGAGACAGGGACAUACGUCUUGGUCGGUGUAGACGAUGUCCAACUUUUACUCGACGACCACAUCGUGAAGACCCAAACCACGAGAGGCUCUCCCUAUGUGAAACCCUUCAAGGAACAAGUUAGGUGCGUGUCAAGUGCUAACAUCUCUCCUGGAGCUCAGAGAAUCAUCUAG